AUGAAAUCGAUUAUUUUGGUACUUAUCGCUAUCAGUUUUGCGCCUGCUGUGAUAUCGAAAGGUGGUAGAUAUUCUAGACUCCAAACGGAUCCCCUUUCGAAGACAAGAUGUGAUUUAAUAUGUCUUGAUGCAAGCAAGGAGACCAAAACGAAGUGCCGAGCAGAAUGCCGGGCCAGGGAACAAAAGCCUGGUACUUGUCCUAAAUCAGACAAUCCUCGUUGGCUAGCCGCGUGUCUGGAGGCUUGUAACCAGGACUCGCAGUGUCCCGGGACUCAACGUUGCUGCAAAAUUGGCUGCAGUGCUGCUUGCAAUGAACCACUCGACUUGCACACUAUUCCAGGUCUUCCUGCUUUACCAAGAAUGGAAGAAGCAAAAGAAAGACGACGAUCGGUCCUCGUGAAAUGGUCAGACGGAGUAGGGGACGCAGCCAGAGCUGUCCCGGGUAGAGUCCUCUAUCUUCUAGAAGAGCAACAUCACCUCGGACCUAAAUAUGAAGAAGCAAGAUUAGGAGACUGGAACCUAAUAUCCAGAACAAACAAAACAAAAGUAUCCCUAAGGAACCUGUUGAAGCCGGGACGUUGGUACCGAUUCCGUGUGGCUGCUGUUAGCGCGACGGGCACGCGAGGAUUUUCGGAGCCGAGCCCACCAUUUACUCCACGCAAGGGUCCCAGACCUCCGCCUGCACCGAAAAAGUUGAAAGUUAAACCAGUUCGCUCUCAAAACGGCACGGUAACUGUAAGGUUGGAAUGGAAAGAACCACGAUCUGAUUUACCAGUAAUGAAAUAUAAAGUAUUCUGGAGUCGUCGUGUUCGUGGCUUAGGUGGCGAACUGGAUUCGGUUCUCGUCAAUCACCAAACUGUUCCUAAGGAUCAGCACUCAGUCGACAUUGGUGAUUUACAACCAAACUCACUUUACUUCCUCCAAGUUCAAACUAUAAGCCUAUUCGGUCUUGGAAAGCUUCGAAGUGAAAAAGCGGCCAUUUUUUACAACACCACUAACAGCGUGGAAGAUCGUCCGCCGGAAUCUCUUCAAAAACGUAAGGAUGACAAGAAAAUAAGAGCUAUAAGACUGAAUAGAUUUCUUUGGGAAGAUCAUAAAGUAAAAGCAAGAAUCACAUGGCAACCCGGAGCAUCUAAAGAUAAGCAGCCUAAAAGAUUUUAUAUCCACUGGAGAACUUUUAAAUGUCACCACCCGAUUAAAGAAGAUAAAACGCUAUCAGCCAUUACAGAGCAAACAUCAUUUGAACUCUACGAGCUGGACUACCAUUGCAGUUAUAAAGUUAAUGUGAAUGCCUCCGGAGAUACUAUCGCACCGGAUUCCGAAUACAUUCUCACUGUACCAUCUUGUGAAUAUUUCCAAAGAAAAAUAAACGCGACUAUACAUUGUAAGACUUAA